CGGCCCCUUCCCCGGCCGUGCCGCCAUCUCCCCCGCGCCCCCGCGGCGGCCAUUGGAGCCCGCGGCCGCCUCGCACCCACAAGGGAAGCCGGCGGGAGGAGAAGCCGUCCCGGCCGCCAUGGACAGCCCCGGCGGCGUCACCGACAAGAAGAGGAUUAGCUCUGAACGCAGAAAAGAGAAGUCAAGGGAUGCGGCCCGGUGCCGAAGGAGCAAGGAGUCGGAAGUGUUCUAUGAACUCGCCCACCAGCUGCCUCUGCCCCACACCGUGAGCGCCCACCUGGACAAGGCGUCCAUCAUGAGGCUGACCAUCAGCUACCUGCGCAUGAGGAAGCUGCUGGAUGCUGGUGAGCUGGAGACAGAAGCCAAAAUGGAGAAGGAACUGAACUGUUUCUACUUGAAGGCUCUUGAUGGAUUUGUCAUGGUUCUGUCCGAAGAUGGGGACAUGAUUUACAUGUCUGAAAAUGUGAACAAGUGCAUGGGACUCACUCAGUUUGAGUUGACGGGGCACAGUGUAUUUGAUUUCACUCAUCCAUGUGACCAUGAAGAGCUGAGAGAAAUGCUUACACACAGAAAUGGUCCUGUGAAAAAGGGCAAAGAGCAAAACACGGAGCGCAGCUUUUUUCUCAGAAUGAAGUGUACACUGACUAGCAGGGGAAGAACAGUGAAUAUAAAGUCUGCUACCUGGAAGGUGCUGCACUGCACUGGACACAUCCGUGUGUACGACACGUGUGGUAACCAAACUCACUGCGGCUACAAAAAGCCUCCCAUGACGUGUCUGGUGUUGAUCUGUGAACCUAUUCCUCACCCAUCAAACAUUGAGGUCCCCUUGGACAGUAAAACGUUCCUCAGUCGUCACAGUCUCGAUAUGAAAUUUUCCUAUUGUGAUGAAAGAAUUACAGAGUUGAUGGGGUAUGAGCCAGAGGAGCUCCUGGGCCGCUCAAUCUAUGAGUAUUAUCAUGCACUGGAUUCUGAUCAUCUGACCAAAACACACCAUGACAUGUUCACAAAAGGGCAGGUGACAACAGGGCAGUACAGAAUGCUGGCAAAACAAGGUGGCUAUGUCUGGGUUGAAACUCAAGCAACUGUUAUAUACAACACUAAGAAUUCUCAGCCACAGUGCAUAGUGUGUGUAAACUAUGUGUUGAGCGGAAUUGUUCAGAAGGACUUAAUUUUUUCCCUUGGACAAACUGAGUGUAUGCUGAAACCAGUGGAGUCUCCUGAUAUGAAAAUGACCAAAAUAUUCAGUAAAGAUGACCUGGAUGAUACCAACAGCCUCUUUGAAAAACUUAAACAGGAACCAGAUGCUUUAACUGUGCUGGCCCCAGCUGCUGGAGACACAAUUAUCUCUCUAGAUUUCAGCAGUAAUGAGUCUGAUGAACAACAAUGUGAUGAAGUUCCUUUGUAUAACGAUGUAAUGCUCCCCUCAUCCAGUGAGAAAUUGCAGAAUAUAAAUAUGGCAAUGUCCCCACUACCUGCCUCUGAAACUACAAAGCCACUUCGUAGCAAUGCUGAUCCUGCACUCAAUAGAGAAGUUGUAUUAAAGCUGGAGCCAAACACAGAGCCACUCGAACUUUCUUUUACCAUGCCUCAGGUGCAAGAGCAACCAACCAGCCCUUCUGAUGCAAGUACCAGCCAAAGUUCACCUGAGCCCAGUAGUCCCAACGACUACUGCUUUGACGUGGAUAAUGAUAUGGCAAAUGAAUUCAAACUGGAAUUAGUGGAGAAACUCUUUGCCAUAGAUACAGAAGCAAAAAAUCCGUUCUCUACUCAGGAAACCGAUUUAGAUUUGGAGAUGUUGGCUCCUUACAUCCCGAUGGAUGAUGACUUCCAGCUGCGAUCCUUUGAUCAGCUCUCUCCGCUGGAAAGCAGCUCUCCCAGCUCUCAGAGUGCAGCCACCAUUACCAUAUUUCAGCAGACUCAGACGCCGUCGAGUCCUGCUGAGGAGAUAAAGCCGGCGGUGGAACGCGCGGACGAUGUGAAGACAAUAAUCGUCCCUUCGUCUCCUGUGCACGUGGGCAGUGAAACGAGCAGUGCCCCGGCGUCGCCUUACGGUGGGAACAGGAGUCGAACCGCCUCUCCAAUCAGAGCAGGAAAAGGAACAGUGGAGCAGACGGAAAAACCUUCUCCAGGAGCACCCAGCUUGCUAACAGUAACUCUGAAUAAAAGAUCUACUGCACUGGAUGAAGAACUAAAUCCAAAGAUGCUAGCUUUGCAUAAUGCUCAGAGAAAACGAAAAAUGGAACAUGAUGGUUCACUUUUUCAGGCAGUUGGAAUUGGGUCUUUAUUCCAGCAGACAGGAGACCGCGGAGGAAAUGCAUCACUUGCUUGGAAACGUGUAAAGGGAUGCAAAACAAAUGGUCAUAAUGGAGUGGAGCAAAAGACAAUCAUUCUACUAUCAACUGACAUAGCAAGUAAACUUCUAGGGCAGUCGAUGGAUGAGAGUGGACUCCCCCAACUCACGAGUUACGACUGCGAAGUAAACGCUCCCAUACAAGGCAACAGAAACCUGCUACAGGGUGAAGAACUGCUCAGAGCUCUGGAUCAAGUUAACUGAGCUUUCACAAAACUUGUUCCUUUUUUGGACACUGGUGAAUCAUCACCUAAAGCAGUCUAUUUAUAUUUUCUAUAUCUGAUUUUAGAAGCCUGGCUACAGUACUGCACUAAUUCAGUUAGUUCAGUUUUGAUCCCCUUUCUACUUAUUUUGACAGUCUUUUUAAUAUGUUCUUUAUGUAACAAUAACUCAAACUAUAGUGCAUUUUUAUAAUACUUUGGUACAUACACUUUUAAGUCCAUUACAUUUAAAACACACUUGCAAUAGCAGCUUUGAAAUAUGCACCUAAUUUUAAAAAAACAUAUUUAUUUUUUGGCUGGGGAGUUGGUCACCAAAACUUACCAUUAGUAAAAUGUCAACACAGGAAAAACUGGCAAUACUUCCAUGCUGCUUUUCAUAGGUAGUUGGAAGACUCGUGCUCUCUUACUCUUUAUGUUCAAGUAAGUUUUUUAUUUUAAUAGUUUUUAUAAGAAGCAACAAUGCUUUGCAGCAGUGCAUUGUAGCCACAAUCGCACAAUAUAUUUUCUUAAAAAAUACCAGCAGUUCCUCAUGCAAUAUAUUCUGCAUUUAUAAAAACUAGUUUUUAAGAAGAAUCUUUUGUUUGCCUAUGAAAACAUGUUUAAACCUGGAUUAUGUCAUUAUUUUAGUCACGUUGUAAUAUAAAUUGUUCUUAAAUGCUGUCUUAUGCUUUUGACUUCAAUGAGUGUGGUCAGUUAGUCAAAGGAAAGGGUUUAUCUGGAAAGGGCUAGCAGCAUUUUAUUUGGAUACGUUCUCAAUUUAGAGAAAGUUUGAUGUUCCUAAAGUAGUCACUUUGCCAGCUUAAAAAAAAAAAAAAUCCCUGCCUGUAGUUGUUGAAGUUAAUGCUAAUAUUGUGUAUGAUCUUAAAUCUAAAUGUUCAGCUUACCCUGUGUGGUAUAGGUGAUAUUUCAAGCAGAUUGUAAAACAUCUUGCAUUGUUAGCAGACUUUUAUCUAGUACAACAUUGAGUUGCUCAAUAUUUUGAUGUUUUGGUUUUAUGCACCUUGUUGCUAUUAACAUCCAUAUGUUUUCAUGUAGAUUUCAAUAACUUGAAUAUAUUUAGAAGCCUUUUUAUUUAGAAAUAUAUAGUUGUCACAAACAUCUUAUUUUCCUAUAUGUACUGUACAAAACCUUCAUUCACUCAUUCUUUUGCUCUUUGUGGUUGGAUCUAACACUAACUGUAUUGUUUUCUUACAUCAAUAAACUAUAUGUGGACCAGGCCCCCUUGGGGAGUGUGUUAUCUGAGAGAAAUGAGAUAAUUUAUAUUUUUGUUAGUGGUUAUUGUUCAUCCGUGUUCCCUUUUUAACUUAGAGUUGAUUGGAGAUCACUGCUUCCUUGUUUUGAUUGUAACAUCUCUGCGUUAAUUAUUUGAGCCUAUCCAGUGCUCCUAGACAGUGUUGUACUACCACUCGCCAAAGACACACUUCUCAGUCUGUUAUCACACCAGUGAGCAAACUUGAAAGCGAGGAGGCAGCAUAUUUGUGUUACUUUAGAGCAGAAAGAUUCACCUUUAUGAACAGCUUAAAGGCUUGUCUCUGGAAGCUUUAUCAAGGUAACACAGGAAAGCAGGAAAAAAAAUCAAAUUCACGGGAGUGAUCAAUCUAAGAUGGGUUUUUAUCACAAAACUCUGUGAUUAAAAAUUUAAGCUGGUACUUGAUAAAACUUGUUCUACAUUCUUGUGCUGUUGACUCGGUGACUUUUCUUAGUUUGGUGUCAUAAAACAUGAUGCUACUGGUAUAACCCUGUAUUGUGUAAAUAUGGUCAAGAUAUUCUGUGCAUUCUCCAAACUAUUUUAAAAAAAACUUCUCUCUCUGUAAGUAAUCAACUGUGGAGUGUCACAGGAAUUACUUUGGUUUAACGCUGUAAACUUUGGUUUCAUUGCACUGCUUUGAAAUCAGUAUAAUAGUACAUAAUCUUAACUUGUUCUCUAAAAUGACUGUUUCGCUGAAAGAUGCACUGUCCAAACUGCCACAACUGUAUUAAGCCAAAAGGACACUAUGAGCAAGAUAAGGCAUUGGCAGCAGGUGGUUACACACUUGUUACAGUUUUGCGUAGAAGUUGCACAGAGAGGAUAAAGUGUGUAGGGGCACUCAGCUGGAGCUGGAGCUUAGUGCAGAGAACAUUUUCACUGUAUACACCCGCCACUGAAUAGUAAAGACUUUUAAUGCAGCCUAUACAGCUUACAAAGUUCUCUGGCUGAAAGCAGCAGAGCUCCUGCCUGCCUGGUGUGCGAGGUCUCAGGGCUGGCAUUCUUUCCAUGGCAUUUCUUUCUCUGUCAGCAGUUAAAAGGUUCAAACAGUGAAGUCAGCUAAAGCCCCCGUUGUUGGGGCAUUCCUCCUGCUUAGCUCUGCACGGAUUGACAUGGUGCUUUGGAGAGAUAGUGGGGAGGGUCUUGCAAGCAGGUGAGAAGUGCAGCUGGGUUCUGCUUUUUGUACUGCCCCCAUUGGGUUAUCCCUUUGCAUCUCCCAAGAGAAAUGCCACACCAUCCUGCUUGAUGGUGUUCUGCUGCUCUCUUGACCAUAUUUUGGAGGAACCUGACCUGUUUGGAUCUGUCAGUUCCUCUUCAGUGUACUUUAAGAGGGCAGAUAAGUUUUCAUUGAGAGAAGUCCAUGUUAAAAAGAGGAGGAAAACUGAAGUGACCCACGUGAUUUGUGGUUUUGAGCCUGCUGGAAUCACAGAAUGGUGUAGCUUGGAGGGGACCUUAAAGAUAACCUCAUUCCAACAGUACUGUCACGGACAGGGACACCUUCCACUAGACCAAGAUGCUCAAAAUCCCAUCAAAUCUUGCCUUGAUCAUCUCUGAUCUUAAUGACAGCAGCUGUGGAUUUAAGAGAGCCAGAAUCUUUCCAACUCUGAGGUUUUUUACUAUGCAUAGUAACAAGGCACAGCAUUUUGUUUACUGGGAUGAACUGCAGUAGCUGUUUUGGUUUACUCUAGGGAAAAAAAAAACCAACCUAACAAAAACUUACCAGACCUCCUAGAGACAGUGAAGAAGGCAUGGAAAAGUAAUAGUAAUUGCUCUGGCCUUGCAUGAGCUUUGGUAAAUGCAGAUGCCAGUUUGCAAAGCUAGAAGUACACCUUUCAGUUGCCUUUUUUUUUUUUGUUUCUGUUUUACUAGCUUUUUUUUCCCCUUUAGACUCCAGGAAUACACAGCCUGAUUCUAAACGUACUUUGGAGGACAAGCUUCUAGAAUAAAUUGCCUCCUUAAUGUUUUUUUAUUGAUUUUGAACACUUUCUUUGCUGCCUUGCUGCCUUUUUUAAAUGUAGAGGCACUAUGUUAGAAAUGAGGAGGAAAUUCAUGACCGUGAGGGUGGUGAGGUACAGGCAGAGGUUUCCCAAGGAAGCUGUGGGUGCCCCAUCACUGGUAUUGUCCAAGGCCAGGUUGAACAGGGCUUGGAGCAACCUGGUCUAGUGGAAGGUGCCCCUGCCUAUGGCACGGGCUUGGAACUAAGUGGGUUUUAAGAUCCCUUCCUACCCAGACCAUUCUGUGGUUCUAUGAUUUAUCCUUUGCCAUUAGUAGUUAUGAAGAAACCAUGGGUAAAUACAGUGUUUCCUCCUGCAUAUAGAACAUCCUAGAUUAUGUGGAAAUUAAAAACUGAGGAGAACAACAAAGUUAGCUUCCUGGUUUUCUUGACUACAGCAAUAGUCAAGCCAGGGUUUCUUCAGGGCACAGCACAAUUAUUUUUUUUUUUACAUAUGAAUUCUAAUUGAUGUUUUAAUCAUCAACAGUGAUGAUUUUGCUAAAAGGUAAAGGAAUUUUUAAACUAGUAUUUAUGAUGAUAUUGUUCAUUCCUUUAUCCAAACAUAGUUGCAGUAGCAACUGUGGCUUCCCAGAAGUCACUUAAAUCUGCUGUCCAGUAACUUAUCUUGGGUGUAGUAUAGUGGGUAAAUUAAGGUCACCUGUAGUCCAAAAUACACCUUUCUAACAUACUUUCACCUGGUGCAACUGGCUUGGACCUUGGUGAUCUUUGAAAACCUUUGAGUAAAAUGGAAGCAACUUACAAUUAAGUUUCCUUCCUUCAGUGUCUGUGUACGCACAUUAAACUCUCACAAAGUGAUACUGAAUUAAAGAAUCACAGAUUAGGGCCAAAAAGAACAAUUUACACAUAACACUAGUGACAAUUUAAAGACUUCAGAGCUUAUUUGGGAUGAAAUUAUCAGCUCUACUUGCAGUUAAAUACAACUGUAAGGUCAAAAAAGUCUGGUGAUUACAGGUUAAACUAUUGCAUAUUUAAUGGUAAUUUUUCAUUAUUGAAAGAGCUCUUUAAUUAAACAGCUAAAUGAUUGUAGCUAAAGGCAGAACUGUGGGUUGUUCCACCAGUAUCUGUUGGCAAGUGUUCUCUGCUGUUACACUGCUGAGUAAACCUUUUGCAGUGGGAGCUGGGAGCAUCCUGCCACUGUCAGCCAGGCUGGACAUGCCCCAGAUCAGCCAUCUGUUCCCAUUCCCACUGAUGAGCUGCUCCUGAGUAGAGCACACAUCUCACUCAAGUGUCACUGCACUUAAGCACAUUAUUCAAACUGUAAUUGUUCAGCAUGAAAAUAAACACUUCACAGGCCAGGAAUACUUUGUAGGAAGGCCAUUUUUUCAUAGGAAUUCACAUGAUUGAGUAUUCAGCUUUCAUUAAAAAUACUAUUAGUCAUUAGGCACUUGGCUCCCUGGAAAGCUCUGUUUGGGAGGAAUAGUGAUUUUUGAUCCAAAUUCUAGAAAUGAGUUGUCAUUUACCUUCUGCUUCCCUGUUUACCUUGAGCAAGUUACCAAAAAGUUAAAGAGUUUGCUACUGGAUUUAUACAGUACAGUAGAUUUUGUGAAUAAUAGCAGUAUUCUCUCAUGAAGAAGUGGUAUAUUUUAAUGGAAUUCUUUUUUGGAACCAAGUACAACGUAUUGCAAUUGAUAUUUCUCUUGAAACAUUUUGACGUACUUGUGACUGUAUUUCUUUUUGAUUGUGUAACAGUAUAAAAUUCAAUAAAAGAGAGGGUUUGUUUCUAA